AUGGCCGGCGCCUCCCCGGCGCCGCUGUUCGUGUCCGUCUCGCCCGCGGGUCCCUCGGCCGCCGCCGCCGAGAGGCUGGAGCGAAAGCUGCUGCUCUACUUCCAGGCGAAGCGCUCCGGGGGCGGCGAGUGCGAGGUGCGGGCCGAGGAUCCGCGCCGGGGGCUCUACCGGGUGCAGUUCCGCUCCGAGGACGCAAAGAGACGAGUACAGGAAUCUCAAUACCAUUUUAUAAAUCCUCAUGACCAAACUCUGAAAGUGCGCAUCCUUCAAGAUUCCGAGAUGAUGAACGGUGCGGCAAAAUCAUUUCCGCAGAGCUUGACAAGCCAGGCCACCAACCCACUGUCUUUUUCAAACACUCGGCAAUCUCAAAAUAGUUUUGAAAAGAUGCAGCUAAGUGAAAACUAUACUGAUAAUUCACCAGCAAGUAUUACCAAAAAGAUAUUUCUCUGUGUAUCUGCCACUUUGAAUACUGAUUUGUUCACAAGAGAGGAAAGGGAUAAAGUGACAACCCUGUGGCCCACCUUAAAAGUAGAAAAGUGCUCAAGCAAGUUUGGUAUAGAAAAAGUGGCAGGAGAUUAUGGCGAUGUCGAAGAGUUGUACGGUUAUUUCGAGACGCUCCUUGCAGAGUCCCAUCGCUGGGCUGAGUCCGCACACCCUCAAAGAAAGAAUGGUUUGGAAAAGAUGACAGUGAAUGACCAGAAAGACGGGAGUAAGACUGAUGUUGAAGAAUUCUCCGAUAUGGAAGUUCCUUCAGCGGUCUUUGAAUACUUUAGCCGUGUCUGCAAGGGAGAAGUGGAAGACUUGGAGCAAAGGUUUAGCAUAAAGCUAACUGGUGUAGAAGAUGGCAGUGGGAUGACAUCAGUACAGUUCGCUUCCGCUGGGGGUCCUGGCUCCAUCGAGAAAGCCCAGCAGACUUUUGUUACAGCUUUUCAGAAAGUAGCAGCAGAUCUGAAACAGGAAAACAUCCCUCUUGCUGACAUCCACCAGGUCAAUAAAAUAUCAGACAUGUUAAGGGCCAAUUUUAAAAUCAUCCUUGUUAAACCUGAGGGAAACACAUUGAUACUUCGUGGCCCCGCUAGGGAGCUUUCAGCUGCUAAAGACCUUAUGAAAGAAAUGGAGGCAGAAAGCUUACCUAAAAAACCUGAAGUUCAUUUUCCCAAAACAGGUAUGGAUGUUGAUACUUCUGUGUUUGAAUUCUUGGAACCAAUGUUAGGUACGGAAAUUCGAAAUAUAAACCAAAUGUAUGGAAUGCUAAUGGAGAAAAAGAAAUGCCUCAGCAGUCAAAAGACAUAUAUCAUUUUUAAGCCUGAGUCAAAGAAGAAAACCCCAGAUCAAACGUCAAAGGCUUCAAAGGCUUAUGAGACCUUCUUCACAGCUUAUUGGAAGGCCUUAGAAACAUAUACAGAAAAGGCCAUCCCCUUGAAACAUUCGCUGGAUCUGGGGAAAAAAGUAAAUGAGUUCUUCGUGCAUUUGCAAACAGAAAAUCCCAGAGUUAGGCUGAGAAAAAUGGAAGAUAAAUUGAUUAUAAGUGGCCUUCCAGAGCAUGUGCUUUCUGCUGAAAAACAUAUUCUGCAGUUUUUGAACACUGGCUCCCCUGCUCCUCCUGCAGGCACGUUGUCACCCAUUCACACCGCCAAAGCUGGAACGAGUUCUGGAGCAUCCCCUGAGCACAGCAGUGUCCGCAAAGGGCACUCAUUUCCUUCUGGAGAUCCAUCCUAUGUAAAGGCGGCAAAGGCUGAACCGGAAGAGGAGAAGUGCUCCAUCUGCAUGGAUAAAAUUGACCAGAAAGAAGUGCUGCCCAAAUGCAAGCAUGCAUUUUGUAAGGGAUGCAUUCAAGAGGCAAUGAAAUAUAAGCCCGUCUGCCCUGUGUGUAACAUGGCCUACGGGAAGAUAGAAGGAAAUCAACCACCAGGGAAGAUGGAGAUCAGUAAAAUGCGCUCGUCUCUUCCUGGUUAUGAGGGGUCUGGUACUAUCGUUAUUACGUAUCACAUAUAUAAUGGCGUUCAAAAAGAAAACCAUCCUAACCCAGGGAAAACAUUUUCUGGAGUUACACGGACAGCAUAUUUACCUGACAACGGAGAAGGAAGAGAGAUUCUACACCUGCUUCAACGGGCUUUUAAUCAAAAAUUGAUUUUCACAGUGGGCCAGUCACGUACAACUGGAAUAAAUGAUGUGGUUACCUGGAAUGACAUUCACCACAAAACAAGCACAUAUGGAGGGGCAAAUGGGUAUGGCUAUCCUGAUCCUAAUUAUCUGAAGCGUGUUCGAGAAGAAUUGAAGGCAAAAGGAAUUGAAUGA